AUGAAGAAAAUAACCAAAAAGCUAUCGACGAAAUACGUGAAACUCCACAAGUGCAGGCUCCGGCAAGACGGGUCCAUGAAGUCAGAGGAAAAUGAUGGAGAGCUUUUCCGGGAAAAAAACCAUUUGCCGGAAAUUAAUGAGGAAAGUAAUGAAACGACGAAGGAGACACCUAAGGUUACAAAGAUUAUGGAGUCCAUGCAUCGUAAGCUGAUGCUAAAAGAGAAGGUUCCAAAAAAGGAUAUCCACGUGGACGGUUACGAUCAAUCCCAAAUGGCUGAACGUUCGGUUAGGAAUGGUGUCCGUGAUCGCAAGGACAUGCACCAACAUGAAGGCUCGGUUAGAAAUCACAUGAAUCGUGAUGGUAUGGAUCAGCUCGUAGGCUCAGUUAGAAACGGUCAUAUGGAUCAUCUUGAAGAUUUGAUUAGGGGACGUGAUCGUACGGACCAUCUUGAAGGGUCCAUUAGGAACGGUACUCGUGACCACCGUGCGGACCAGCUCGAAGGAUCUAGCAAAAACGGUCAGAAAUCUCAGCGUGAAGACAUGACUCCUAAAACAAACGGUCAGGUAGAUAAACCAGAAGGACCAACAAAAAGUCCUUCUGAUUUUGCUUCGAAAAAAGAUUAUCUUGAUUGGAUUGAGUACGUGGAAGGAUCUAGUCAUCAUUGUUUCGACCGGUCUGAAAAUUCUGAAAAGCCUUAUAGAAAGGACGACAUCGAGCACGAUCAGAUUAGUGUUGGGAUAUCAGAAGGAUCGAUAGAGGGGAGUAACGACGAGAUCUUAUUGCUCAAGAGCUCUAAGUAUAGAAAAAAUGAGAAAAUUGAAGAUUCAAAAGGUUAUAAGAAAGGCAAAGCCAGCAAGGUCAAAGAUUCAUUGAAAAAUCAUAUGGUUGACUAA